CUGUGGUUUUCGUAUUCGAUUGUUAUGUUUCUUCGCAACUUAUCUAUCAUAGCAUGUCUGAUAUGUCUAGUAAAUUGCAAAGUUGAUUCAACUCAUAAAGAUAUCAAGAAAAAACAAGUUGUUGAUACGCUCCCGCAAGAGCACAAAAAUGCUGAGACUUUCAAUCAUAGGAAAACAUACAUCGAGGAAUUCAAAUUGCGUAGAGAGGAGCAUAAAGAAGCUGUUAACUCCAUAGCAAGUAUUCAGAAAGAUAAACAGCGGCUCUACAUUGAAGAAAUCAGAAAUAACAUCAAAAAAUUACUGACUGAAGCAAGAGGCACCCUCGAACGAGUCCAAUGGAAAUCAGAAGAUCCAUUUCCAUAUGAUAGUGAUUUACUCAAAACAAAUCUCUCAAAGCUUUUGGAAAACAUCUCCUUUUUUUCUGAAUUAUCUUUGUCAUAUUUCUCCCAUUUCGAGAAAGUCAUGAAAAAGGAUAGAAAGCUGAACACUGUUAUUGUCUGGGCUUAUAACUAUGCUAAAGAUACAGGGCUUCUGGACUCGGACACCAUGGAAGUAGUCGACAAGAUGGCUAAAAAAUUCUCGAUAAUUCAGAGCAGCGACAGGGAGAAGAUGACUAAGUCAGACAUAGAGGAAGAGGCCAGAAAUGAGCAGAAGAAAAGAAAGGAAGAGAAGUCGAGAGACAAAAAACCAUCCAAGAAACAGAAAGAUAGCUCGAAAAAAGUGAAAUCCGAGUUAUAG